UCGAGCUGCAGCCUCGAACGCUGCUGUUUAGAUGUUUGAAACUGAGCAGUGACACAUAUUUCUCCGAGUAAUGGAUACUUCUGAUUCUCGCCACACACAGUGAACUUCAAGAGAAACCUUAGCGCUGUCUUUUACGAACAUGAGCUCUCAUAUCAUCACUCCUGGACCGUACCGAGCUACAAAACUGUGGAAUGAGGUGACACGUUUGUUUCGGGCUGGUAUGCCGCUUAGGAAGCACCGCCAGAACUUCAGGCAUUACGCAUCCUGUUUUACUGCCUCUGCUGCUGUGGACUGGCUGCACCAGCUGCUCCAGAGCAACAGCAACUUUGGGCCUGAUGUCACCAGACAACAAACCCUUCAGCUCCUCAAGAAGUUUCUGAAGAACCACGUGAUUGAAGAUGUGAAGGGUCGUUGGGGAACGGAGGAUCUGGAGGACAACAAUAUGCUGUACAGAUUUCCUUCCACAUCUCCUCUGAAGCCUAUUCCCUGUCCAGCUUCCAACUCCAUAAAGAAAAGACAUUCCCUCAGGGACAGGGAAGGUUUCUUUAAGUUUAGAAGUGUUAAGAAGCAUGAGACAGAGACCCAUGAAAAUGCGGAUCCUGCUGUCCAAGUACAGAGGAAGGAAUUGAACCAGCCAAUGGAAGAUCAGCAGCCCCAGAGACGAGAACUGAGGGUGGAGGAUGAACAGGAAAUCUGGAGGGACAUCACCCUGACUCAUCUGCAGAGAAUUCUGGGUGUUGCAUCUCUCAGUGAGGUUUUAGACCAGCAACAUGUAAACCCACAGAACAUCAUUCAUAAUAUGACCAAAGUCAACAAACAUGGAGUAGUCUCACUGGAUGACAAGACAAAUGACCUUCCUCAUUGGGUUUUGUCUGCCAUGAAGAGCCUGGCCAGCUGGCCAAAGUACGACAGCGACCAGCCUUCCUACCCUGGGUUUGAAAGAGAUGUCUUCAAAACUGUGUCCGAUUACUUCUACAGUCUUCCACAUCCAUUGCUCACAUUCGAACUGUAUGAACUGUUUAUCAAUGUCCUGGUGUGCUGCGGGUACGUCGCAGUGCCCACUAAGCUCCAACGUGGGAAACGCAAGAAUUCAGAUCUUCCAUCAGUUGCGCCUCCAGCUAAGUCAUCAUUUCGCUCUACAGAGUGUCUCCUCUUGUCGCUGCUCAGACAAGGAUCAUGUGAUGAGGCAGAAUCCCCCAUGAGAGAUGUACUCAGUGGGAAAUUUUACUCACAGCCGACAGAAACAACUGGAGAUGGGGCUGGUGCAGAUGCCGGUCGCUUAGGAGGCAGCUGCACGAGCCUCAACACGGUCCUUUUCCCCAGACCUCAAACUAGGAGUUGCUCACUGGAAAGCCUUCUCGACGAGUCUGCCCCGCUCACGCGGCAUCAACUGUUUCUGUCCAGCGACAGCCUGGCAUCUCGCUCCCAUAGCAACAAGGGCCAAGAUGAAAGCCCUGCCAUUACAGCACAGGAAAGUCACUCAGGCUUUAGAUCUGUGUUCAAAAAAAAUCCUGCUACUUGUGAAAACACUCCAGGAGCUACAACUAGGAAUGGACUGAGUGCGGUUUCCAUGACUCGGCCAUCAGCUAUGCAGAAGGCCCGCUCUUUGCGGCCCCGCAGUGUGGGCAGCUGUCUGGACAUUGUCGUAGAGACCUCUGAGGAGGAUGUCAAAGAGAUCAAGUGGCAGGCUCGAGCCGCCAGCUGUUUCAACGUGAACGCUCCAGCAAGCCAGCAUCACUCUUCUUCAGCGUCACGUCCUCCCUCAUCCUGUCAUCCCGCUUCUUCUUCCGAUCAUCUUUUCUCCUGCUCUAUUUCACCUUCUGCAACCAAAGUACAAGGGUCUCACGCUGCUGCAGGACCCACCGGCCCCAGGCCCGCCGCCAGUACCUCUAACCUUUGGACGCUUCCUGCACCUGCUGUUCUCCGACGCUGCCUCAGCUCUAUGGAUGUGUCCAAGCCGCCUCGACCCGUUUCCCUGCUCAAACCACCUGUCUUUGUGCCCGUCAGAAACUUCCAGCUCCCCCAACCCAAACCUGAGCACAGCGUUCUCCGGCCUCAGUGUGAGCGAGUGGCCAUUGAAGCUCUGCAGCUUUGCACUCUCCUGCUGCCCCCGACCUCACGCAGGAAGUUGCAGCUCCUCAUGAGGAUGAUGUCUCGCAUCAGCCAGAAUGUGGACAUGCCUCGCCUCCACCCUGCAAUCGGCACCCGGACGCUGAUGGUUCACACGUUUUCAGGCUGUAUCCUGAGCAGUGAUGAGGAGUGUGACUUGGAUGAGUUGCUGGCCACCAGACUCGUGUCAUUUCUCAUGGACCAUCAACAAAGCAUCCUCUCAGUCCCAGAGUACCUAGUCAGUGCCAUCGGUGACCACAUACAGUACCUCCGCACGGUGCAGGUCCCUGUUGACUCUGUUCCCAACACCAACAGCGGCGAGCCAGUUUUCGCCCCAUUACCGAUCUACUUAUUUUGUCGACAAAUAAGCGGUGCUGAGUUUGAAGAGCAAAAGCAGGCGUCUUCCCAGAAAGCCAUGGAGGAGCUGCUGGAGAUACUGCUGACGGAUCAAAACAUAAGUGAAAAAGACAGAAAAAAGAAACUGAAGCAGUUUCAGAAGCAGUACCCAGAUAUCUACAAGCAGCGGUUCCCCUCCUCAUCCAGGGAGAACAAAACUGACAAGCCAAAGAUUAAACCCCCACUCCUCAACAUCAAGAAGACCAAAGCUUUCAGCAUCAGGAAUUAAAUAACUUUUUGAAUUGGACUGCCACUGGCACGCCCAAGAGGAAGGUUGACGGGUCCUUUCACCUUGAAGACAUAAACAUUGUUACAAUGAAGCGGAAAUGCUGUUAUGUCUCAGUUGUGUGCUGUGUGUUAAUGCAGAGUGGAGGACUUUAAUGUAUGACUGUGUGCGUGUUUGUGCGAUAUGUGGAAAUCUGAGUCAAAUGAAGGCAUGUGGACUGAUACUUCAGAAGAAGAGUUCCUACUUUAAUCUUUUUUUUUUUUAACUUUAAGUUGAUGUUCUCAGUCAAAUGUUUUACUUGUCAUAUUUUCUUUUCAGUUGUACCACCUUCAUUCUGUUGGACGUUUAAUUGUAUUUGGGAGAGAUUCAGAACCAGUUUGGACAGGAGAUGCAAUUUUAACAUCACUGGUCACCAUGGUGAUCAUUAGACUAGAUAUCUUAAUUUAUAAAAACAUUGGGAGUAGUGCUAGUUAUCUCAAACCUUUUGGUAAAUAUUUUAUAUAGUUUUAUUGACAUCUUGUAUCAAAGACGCCCAAGUUUUACUUGAAAUGUUCUCUGGUAUUUGAGAAGUCUGAUAUUAUUUUGUUUGGGUCAUUUUAAAUAAGCUUUAGUCCUUUUCUGUCAUUUAGAAGCUUUUUAAACUGAUGUAUUUUUUUUUUUUUGGGAGUUGUUUCAGUUAUGCACUCCAUUUUUUUUCUUCAUGUAUUUUUACUCUGUUAAUUUAAACCGAAACAGACUUGACCAGCUUCUUCCCACCUGUCUGUCUCUUCCCUGCUUGAACUGUAGAUUAUUUUGCACUGAGUUUAGAUGUUGUGAAUAAUCAGCAAACUUGUGUAGGUUAUCUCAGUUGUUAAAUUAUGCAUAUUUAAAGCGUAUUACUCCUGAAGAGAGGGUGGAAACGGCUUACAGUUAAAACAUUUUACUGAGGCUUUGUGCUAAUGCAGCCGUGCUGACGGCUUGUAUAAACGACCUCAAAGUUUUACGUCAUAAAUUUCCAUACCACAUGCUAAAAGGAAUAUUUUUGAAGUUUUAAAUGUUUUUCACAUCCCACGUCAUCUCAGAUUCUUCUUUUCAUGUGUUUAAUAUGAAAUACAGUAUUAGUUCUAACCCAAUGUUUAUACCUCAGAUCAAGUGGUACGUUUUGUUGGUGUGAUCUUAUAUUUCAUCAAGGUGUUUGUUUGUUUUUUUUUUUUUUAACAAAAGGUUUUUACAUAGGAAUCUAUGAUGUGCACCUACAACUCUUUAUUAUUUACUAUGCAAAGUUCUGGGAAAUAAAACUGUUCAGCUGUGA